AUGGCUGACGAGAAACCCGACUCUGCGCCCGCCGUCCGGGUCAGCGACAGCGACGAUCACGACCACCACGACCAGCAGCAGCUCGCUGACCUCGCCAGGCCCAAGGGAUGGAGGUACAAGGAGCUCAAGAUCGCGGGCAUCGGCCUCUCCUGGUAUGCGUCGCCCAGCUUCCAGCUCGUCCUCGUCUCCUUUGUCUGCUUCAUGUGUCCGGGCAUGUUCAACGCCCUCACCAGCUUGGGCGGCGGCGGCAAGACCGACAAGACGACCGCUGAUAACAUGAACAUCGCGCUGUACAGCUGCUUUGCUGUGUUCGGCUUCUUCGGCGGCUCGUUCGUCAACCGUCUCGGGGUGCGCCUGACCCUCGCCUUUGGAGGCAUCGGAUACUGUCUCUAUGCCAUCUCGCUGCUCGUCUCUGUCCACUCGACACACGUAGCAGGGUUCAACGUCUUUGCUGGUGCCUUUCUCGGUCUUUGUGCCGGCCUCCUCUGGACCGCACAGGGCACCAUCAUGCUCUCCUACCCAGCUGAGUCCACCAAGGGACGCUCCUUUGCCGUCUUCUGGGCCAUCUUCAACCUCGGCGGUGUCAUUGGCUCCUUGAUACCCCUAGGAGAAAAUAUCAACGUCAAGGGAAAUGUCAACGUUACAAACGGCACUUAUAUCGCCUUUAUUGUCCUUAUGGCCACCGGAGCUGUGCUCGCCCUGCUCCUCUGCAAUGCAGGUGACAUCUACCGCCGCGAUGGCAGCCGAGUCGUCAUCAUGAAGAACCCUACCUUUAAGACAGAGUUCAUCGGCCUGUGGGAAACCAUUCGCAGCGAACCGUACAUCGUCCUGCUGUUCCCACUUUUCUGGUCCUCCAACUGGUUCACCGCAUACCAGUUCAAUGCCAUCAACGGCGCAUACUUCACCACCCGCACCAAGGCCCUCAACUCAGUCCUCUACUGGACCUCACAGAUCAUCGGCGCAGGCAUCUUCGGCGUCUGUCUUGAUUCCACAGCUAUCAGCCGCUCGCUUAGAGCCCGCAUCAACCUUGCUGUCAUGUUCGCACUCACUAUGGCAAUCUGGGGUGGUGGCUAUGCCUUUGCCAAGGGAUACACACGCGAGUCUGUCGAUCCUGAGGCUGGUUACAAGGGCAAGGAUUGGGGUGACAACGGUUACAUCGGCCCUAUGUUCUUGUUCAUGUUCUAUGGUUUCUACGACGCUGCUUUCCAAGCGUCCGCUUACUGGUACAUGGGCGCUUUGUCUAACUCUGGCCGCAAGACUGCAAACUACGUCGGCUUCUACAAGGGUAUCCAAUCCGCUGGUGCUGCCGUCUCCUGGGCCAUCGACCUCAAGAAGAUAGCCUUCAUGUCCAUCUUCGCCAGCAAUUGGGCCCUUCUAGCCGGUUCUCUCGUCGUUGCUGCUCCGCUGGUCCUCAGAAUCAAGGACCAUGUCGACAUCGAAGAGGAUCUCAAAUGUUCUGACGAGACCAUCGCAGACGUGCUUCCUACCGGCCAUCCGGAGAAACACUCUGCCUAG